GUCGGGGUCACGGCGAGGAAGGAACACCCUGAUUGGUCCAGAGCAGUGAGCAGAAAGAGUUGAGCUCUGUCCUUCCUCCAGCGUGGCACUAUGGGAUCAUCCACAUUGGGAAAGGCAGCAUCUCUUGAUGCUCUCUUAAAUCAAUGCAUUCAUGAAUUUGAUGACAAUGGGGAUCUGAAGGCCAACCCGCUUCCUCGCACCCUGCUGCUGAUGCAUCGCUGGUACCUGAAAUCUUCAGAACUAGCAGGAAAACUCCUGAUGAUAUAUCCCGUCCAGCGGAAACCAUAGUUCAACCUGGACAUGGGUCUCAUCCGGAUAACAGAGGAGUUCAGAGAUGUGGCUGCUCAACUGUCCUGUGAGGAGCAUUUCAAGCUCCUCGACAUCUCCACCAUUCCGUCAUACGACUGGAUGCGUAAAUUGACCCAACGCAAGAAGCAGGCUAAGAAAGGCAAGGCCUCACUGCUGUUUGACCACCUGGAGCCAAUGGAGCUGGCCGAGCAUCUCACCUUCCUGGAGUUCAAGUCUAUACGGAGGAUAUCGUUCACUGAUUACCAGAGCUAUGUGAUCCACGGCUGCCUGGUGGACAACCCGACUCUGGAGCGCUCCAUUGCUCUGUUCAACGGAGUCUCACAGUGGGUCCAGCUCAUGGUGCUCAGCAAGCUAACACCUCAGACCCGGGCAGAGGUUAUCAGCAAAUACAUCCAUGUGGCUCAGAAACUUCUGCAGCUGCAGAACUUCAACACUCUGAUGGCCGUGGUGGGCGGGCUGAGCCACAGCUCCAUUUCUCGACUAAAGGAGACUCACUCUUACCUGGCUCCAGAGGUUGUAAAGAUCUGGAGUGAGAUGACUGAGCUGGUCUCGUCCAACAACAACUACUCCUGUUACCGAAAGGCCUUCAACGAAUGCCAGGGCUUUAAAAUCCCCAUCCUGGGUGUGCACCUGAAGGACCUGAUCGCAGUGCACGUCGUCUUUUCUGACUGGAUUCAUGACAGCAAUCAGGUGAACCUGGUGAAGAUGCAUCAGCUCUACAUGACCUUCAAUGAGUUGGUUUCAUUGCAGAGUGCAGUGGCCCAGGUGGAGCCCAACAUGGACCUCAUCUACCUGUUAACGCUUUCUUUAGACCUUUACUACACCGAAGAUGAGAUUUAUGAGCUGUCAUUGCUAAAGGAACCACGUAACCCCAAAUCAUUGCCUACCUCUCCAACAACUCCCAACAAGCCCCUGGUCCCACUGGACUGGGCCUCCGGUGUCACCACCAAACCAGACCCCUCUGUGGUCAACAAACACAUCAGGAAGGUGGUGGAUUCUGUGUUCAGGAAUUAUGACCAUGACCACGAUGGCUAUAUUUCUCAAGAGGACUUUGAGAGCAUCGCUGCUAAUUUUCCCUUCCUGGACUCCUUUUGCGUUUUGGACAAAGAUCAAGACGGAUUGAUCAGCAAGGCUGAGAUGAUAGCAUAUUUCCUGCGGGCUAACCCACUGCUCCAGAGUAAAAUGGGUCCCGGUUUCAUCCACAACUUCCAGGAGAUGACAUACCUGAAACCCACCUUCUGUGAACAUUGUGCUGGUUUUCUCUGGGGAAUCAUCAAACAGGGCUACAAGUGCAAAGACUGUGGCGUGAACUGUCACAAACAAUGUCGGGAGCUGCUGGUCCUGGCCUGUAGGAAGCUGAUCCGCUCCAGCUCUCUGGGCAAUGUUUCUCCAGCUAGACUGACCCACAGCUCACUGCCCAGCAGCCCGGCACUGCCCACCUGUCAAGAUGAGGAUGAGGUAUUUGAGUUCCCAGCUGUCACAUCACCAGAUCCAGCUCUGGUCCCUCAGUCCAUCACUCUGAUGACUGGCUCAGCCCAGAGGAUCUCUGUGCGCCUGCAGAGGGCCACCACCAGCCAGGCCAGCCAGACUGAAACCCUGUGGCCUGAACACAGCUGGGGGGCCACAGACGGCGGCUCCCACACCUUCCCCAAAAUGAAAUACAGGACUCACAGAAAGUCCUCUAAGAAUAAAGGUUGUGCCCGCUGGGACAAUCCGAAUGACAAGGCAGUUCCUUCACGCUGCGGCGGGGACUCUCAGGGGAAGUCAAAGGUCUCAGGAGGACUCGUACAGAACGGGAUUACACACAGAGGGAAGGACAGCUGACUUGGUCACGUUGAUGAGGACCAGUCCCGGGGGUCCAGAAAGCCCCUCACGGCUGGGACCAGGAAGCUCUUCUGUUUGGGGGAUGUGCUGGGCUGCCUGAGGUCCCCCUUCAGUGACCUGGAGUUAUCAUGUCCUCUGUAGGCUGAGCUACACGUGGACACGGUGUAGCUGCAUGGAAGAACAUCAUGUGUGUUCUCUGGGAGAACAAAGAUGAAGCAGAGGAGCUCCGGGGACGAGGGACCAACAGCCACUGUGAAGCCUCCAUCCUGAGCAGGGUAAUCGGCUGGGGAUCAGCGAGGAGGACUAACAUCGACUUGGAGAACUGAGAAGAAAACCUUUUUUAAACUGAACAAAAGUGUGGAAUGAAAUUCCGCGUUCAAAGCCAUUGACCGGCUUUAAACGUGAGAUCUGGGGACAGUAAGACGGAGUGAAAGCCUGAUCUGAGGACAGCCACUAGCGAGUGCUCCCCCGUUACCUCCCAUGUUGGAACGAUCGGAAAAUACACGAUGGGAAAGCGUGUCGAUAUUUUAAUGGUUUGAUGCAACAACAAAAAAGGGAAAGUAUGAAUGUAAAGGGUAACCGUAACCCUUCCGACAUGAUGCAACGUUGAUGGACGAUUCUAAAAUACUCUGGAUUCUGUUAAAUUAUAUUUUUGAGUGUUCACUGCCAAUGUUUUUAUUUAUUUCCUACAAUACCUGCACUCGACAACUACAGUAUGGUUAAAAAGGUGCUACAUUUAAAAUGCAGAGCAUUAAUGUAACAGCAAACUACUGUUGUUGUGGAAGCGUAGCACCAACCCCUCAGGUUAGCUCGGUUAGCACGUUUACCAUAGUUUCUACUGUAAGUGCCGUUAG